AUGCCACACUUCGACGAAACAAAAGCCUAUGCCGCUCAAGAAGAAGUCUUCUUCGACGAUGGUCGCGAAAUUGAGCUUCUGCAUUACGUCUACAACCGCGAAGACAUUGAAGAGCUCCGCAAUAACCCAACCAAAGUCCUGCAAGCGAUUGACGAAUAUGGACGUUCGCAGAAAUAUCUCAUGAAUGUUGGAGAGGACAAGGGUAAAAUAGUAACGGAUUUGAUCGCGGAAGUGAAGCCGGAGACGAUGGUGGAACUAGGUGGCUACAUCGGCUACUCCUGUCUCCUCUUCGGCGCAGCUCUCAAAGCCGCAGGAGGAAAACGCUACUACUCUCUCGAACGCAACCCCGAAUUCGGCGCCGUGAUCGCCUCGCUCGUUCACCUCGCCGGACUAUCCGAUAUCGUGCACGUAGAAAUCGGUUCCAGCGAUGCAUCUCUCGCACGAUUGCACAAAGCCGGAUUGCUGAAAAAGAUUGAUCUCAUGUUCUUGGACCAUUACAAACCAGCUUACACCACGGAUUUGAAACUUUGCGAGGAAUUGGGAAUGGUGGGUAAGGGAUCUGUGUUGGCSGCGGAUAAUGUUAUCAAGCCGGGUAAUCCUCCUUAUCUGGAGUAUGUGAGGAGUUCGGUCGCGGAGAAGAGGGAGAGGGCGAGCAAGCAGGAGGGAGAGACGAAAGUUGAUGAGAGGUUCGCGGAGAGAACGGGCAAGCAGUAUGCCAACCGCGUGGCAGAGGAGAAGCUGGGUGCCACUUUGGGGAACCCAAAUUUGGUCUAUGAGAGCCAGCUGGUGAACAGCUUCGAGCCUACUGGCGUGCCGGACGGAGUUGAGAUCACGAGAUGUGUUGGCGAAGAGAGCUGA